CUAACAAGGACCACAGAAAGGAAAAAAGAGAAGGACGGUGAGGUAAGAGGGAAAGCAAUCGGCCAGCGUCACGGUGGUCGACUGAGAACCAAAUAACUGAAUACAACGCACUCACUCUCUGCCCAUACCGCAAUAAUGGAUCCUGGGCCACCUCUCGUCGUCGACAAUGGUACCGGUUUCGUCAAGGUCGGGUAUGCAGGCUCUAACUUUCCCGAGCAUGUAUUUCCUUCCAUUGUUGGUCGCCCCAUCCUCCGAGCUGAAGAACGAGUUGGCGACGCGACUAUUAAAGAUAUCAUGAUCGGCGAUGAAGCAGCAGAGAACCGAAACUACCUCCAGAUAACACAACCAAUGGAGCAUGGAAUCGUGCGGAACUGGGAGGAUAUGAAACAUCUAUGGGACUAUACCUUUGAUGAGAAGCUCAGAGUCGAUCCGAGAGGGAGGAAGGUGCUUUUGACAGAGCCGCCGAUGAAUCCCAAGGUGAACAGGCAGAGGAUGUGCCAAGUCAUGUUCGAGGAAUACGGUUUUGAGGGGGUGUAUGUGGCCAUACAAGCAGUGUUGACACUGUAUGCCCAGGGUUUGACAACUGGCGUCGUCGUCGACUCUGGCGACGGCGUGACUCAUAUUGUUCCGGUAUACGACGGGUUUGCGAUGCCCCAUCUGACACGGCGACUCGAUAUUGCUGGGCGGGACGUGACCAAGUAUCUGAUCAAACUGCUGCUCAGGAGAGGAUAUGCGUUGAAUCGAACGGCAGACUUUGAGACUGUGCGAGCGAUCAAGGAGAAACUCUGCUAUGUUAGCUACGACUUGGAGCUAGAUACACGGCUUUCAGAGGAGACUACGGUGCUAGUCGAAAGCUAUCAGCUUCCUGACGGACGCACAAUCAAAGUUGCAGAGGAGCGUUUCGAAGCUCCAGAAUGCAUGUUCCAACCCCACCUCAUUGACGUAGAACAGCCUGGCGUCGCAGAAAUGCUUUUUCAAACUAUCCAGGCCGCCGCUGUCGAUGUUCGCUCAGAGCUUUACAAGCACAUCGUUCUUUCCGGUGGAUCGAGUAUGUACCCGGGACUGCCUAGCCGACUGGAAAAGGAGAUGAAGCAGCUCUAUCUUGUCGAGGUUCUUAAGGAGGAUCCUUCGCGGUUGAACAAAUUCAAAAUCAAAAUCGAGGACCCUCCUCGCCGGAAGCACAUGGUAUUCCUUGGAGGCGCUGUCCUAGCAGAUAUCAUGAAAGGUCGAGAGGAGUUCUGGAUAACGCGCGAAGAGUGGUUCGAGCAGGGGAUUCGCUCGCUAGAUAAGCUUGGAAGAGGAGAUUAGGUUAAAGUAGACGAAGGACGGACGGGUUUCCUAAGAGUAGUUUACAAUCUCAUUGUAUUGAAAUUACUGCCGACUCAUGUUUGUUAACAAUGGCGCAGCUGCUACUAUUACUACUAUUACUACUACUACUCCUACCACCACAGCACGUUCGCUCUACAGGCAAGAUUCUCGUUAAUCAUACAGAACCUAGUCACUCCA